AUGCCACCCAAAGCUUCAUCAUCGACUCUCGCCGCAAUCGAAUCGUCGACGACCGAACCCGAACCCGAACUAGAUCUCAUCUCCUUCCAACUCGAUCUAGACGAAUCCCUAGCCUUCGCUCAAGCUUUGGUUCGAUCAUGGGUCCCUUCCAAAGUCGAUACCGAAUGGGCAAUCACGACGAGUGAUGAGAAGGGAGCGUUCAAUUCGUUAGGACAGUUGACCCAUCGUUCGAAUAGGUCGGGCAGGUGAGUGAUUAUUUUCAGGAAGGGUUGUUUAGUUUGACUACUACUAUCUCUCUCUCUUCCUUUUCCUAUGAUGAAGAUGUGAUCCUUUGGGUGUGAUUGAAGAGAUUCUUAAUUGACUCUUUGUUUGGUGGGAUGGACAGAUUAGGUCUCGGUGCUUCGGCGAGCUUGUUGAAUCAACAACAAGCUCAAGAUCAGAAACUGCGGAACCAAUUGUUGAGGCAUACGCGAACGCAUAGUCAACCUCAAGAUGAUGACGUUGACGAGAAGGGAACGAUGGGGAAUCGUAGUGCGGUGGGUAUGAAGGAUGAGGACGGGGAAGGAGACGAGGACUCGAGAAGUGCGGUUAUUAGAUCGAGGGCUUUGACGUCGUCCAAAGUGAGCGAUCGGAGUACACGCACGACCGACAAGAAGAAGGUUCAAACAACAACAACAACAGCAUCAUCAUCCCCGUCAACGUCAACGUCAACGAUGAUCAACCCUUUGCUCGCUUCUGGGGCGUCUGGCGAGACAAGCCCGAUUCCUUCGACUUCAUUUUACGAUAAUCGUACAACUUCUUCGAACGUUGCUUCUACUUCAGCCCUUACUGCGAGUACAACAGCGAGAUCAGCUCCACCGGAUGGGCACGGCGCCAAGUUGACCAAGAAUCAGAGGAAGAAGGAGAGAGAUCGCGAGAAGGCACGACUGUUGAAAUUGCAGGCGAUGAGGGAGAGCCAAAGAGCCGAGGAAGAAGAAGGGACUGAGAAGAAGAGAAGGAUUGGGGACGUCGAAGAUGCAAAGGAGGAGCGCACCGCGGAGGGGAAAAAGACCAAGGUGGAGAAGGCAUCCCCGGUGAAGAAUGGGAGGGGGCCCGAGGGAGAAGAGGAAGGCUCGAGUGAUGGAGGAGAAGACGAUGACGACGAUGACGACGACGAAGGGCCGUCUGGAAACGGUGAAGGAUCACCUAAUGGAGGGACGAAGAACAAGAAGAAGAAGAAGCAACGUCGGAAGAAAAAGAAGGGUGGGCCGAGUCCCUCCUGCAAGGGAGAAGGGGUGUUGAAUCUUGGAAAGUGA